AUGGACGAUUUUCUCGAGUUGGGCAUGGAAGGAGUUGAUAAAGUGGUGGACAAAAACUUCCAUAAGGUUCCCGAUAAAUAUCUUCACUCAGACGCAUAUAUCCCACAUCGUAGACACAAACGCGAUUCCACUAGAAGUAGUACACAAGACCCAUCCGAGGACGCAUAUUACGAGGCCAAGGCACAGAGAAAAUCAUCGAAGGAUCAGAAGCCUAAAAUGGCCAAUCAAGACGUUGCCACCGGAGGUACUUAUUUAGACUACAACCAGAACCCGAAUUAUAAUCACAAUCCGGUUCCCAACUACGGCAGCGCAGAAAUGGCGAAUGUACCCGUGUACAGCAACGUACCACCACAUCCCCGACCACAAUAUACACCAUAUUACCCUUCCAACGAACCUCCGAGACAGUAUGAGUCCUACCGUCCGGACUUCGACGAUCGCCGCUCGCGCAGGGGAAGGAGAGAUUCGAGUUCGAGUUCCUCAGGAUAUGAUUCAGAUCGACCAGUCAGGAGGCCGGUGAGACCGAAGAACCUUCAGCGGAGAAGGAGUUCAAGUUACCACGGCCCGUCGAGCAGAGGAAAUGAUCUAGCGCUCGCGAGACGAUCCGGGUCCAGCCAUACGGGUGUAAGAGAUCAGGUUAAGGAUAAAGCACAUCGUUAUGGCGUGAAGGGGGAGAUCGAUGACCUGUUUACUUCGAGUAAGAAGGGUCUUACUGGCGCGGCUGUCGGUGCUCUUGUGGGUGGUUGGGCGGCGCAUAAAGCGCAAGAGGCGAACAAGAGGGGCAAUGGCUCAUCGAACAACCUUAUCACAUUGCUUGGUGCCGCUGCUGGAGGCAUUAUUGCCGAUGUGGGCGUUAGCAAGUGGGAAACUGCGAAUUCAAAGACCGAAGAGAAGGAAGAGAAAUGGGAGAAGAAGUUUGGAAGUGAGGGAGGAAGGAGCCGUAGGGGGAGUAGGGACAGAGGUACGAGGAGGAGAAGAGACAGUUAUAGUUCCGAUGAGGGCCGUUAUCGACGUUAA